AUGACCCCUGCUGCUGCUGGUUCCUCCGCAACAGGCGAGGGCCUGGCGUUUGUGGUCACUGCUGCGGCACCCCAGGGGGGUGCAGCGGGGGUGGGGCUGGGAGGGGUGGGGAAGCGGAGUGUGGCGGUGGAGUUUGACUCGGUGCUGAGUGUGAAGCACAGCGACCCCAACGACAACCACGUGGGCGUCAAUGUGGGCGGCUCACCUGUGUCCCUCGCCUCUGCCACGGCCCCUCUCAUCCUCAACGACGGCCACACCAAGCACGCCUGGAUCCACUACGACCCCACCAGCGGCGGCACUCUCCGACGUGCUCUGCCCACCAUUGGAAAUGCCUCCUUCCUCUUCGGAUUUGUGGCGGCUUCGCUGAACAACACUCAGAGGCACGACAUCCUCUCCUGGAAGGUCGACACCGACGUACCACCAGCAGUUGAGUGGCAAUCUCAGAGCGCCGGCACUGCAUUUGGGAGGGUAGCAUCAGCAGAGGAGGUGGAAGCAGGCCGUGAGGACGAGAGUGCGCCCGUAUCGUUCCACUAUGCCAGCCUCUCCUUCCUCCCCACUGCGGACGGUCUGCCCAUGUGGAAGCUUCCUGCAUUUGUCUCCUGGAUGCGAAACAUGGCUACAUGGCCUGUGAAGAACCAGCAUGGAUGUGCAUACGCAGUGGUGGCAGCAGUGGAGGCAGCCUACAGCAUCAUGGAAAGCUUGUAUCAGCCCCCCAAGCUGUCGGUGGAGCAGCUGCGGCUGGCCCUGUCGUCCAACUGCGACGACAUGCCUCCCCGCGAUGUGCUGGCCUUCCUGGUGUCUGCCACGCGCAAGGGAGGGGGGCUCGUGGAUGACGCAGCAGCAGCGGCCGCCAGUCCACACAGCAUGGUGUCCGCCGGCCGGCGGGAGAGACUGGCCGCGGGUUUUGAGGAGAGCUCGUUUGGAGGCUGGCUGGGUCUGCUGCUAGCAGUGCAACGGCAGCCAGUGAUUGUGCGGAUUGAGGCGUCUGCACCAUCAUUCCUCGACUACGAUGGGCUACGCAACUUCUCAAAUGUGUAUAUGAUGUGUGCUGUGUGCGUGGCAGCUACUGCUGACCCGUGUGGCAGCAAGUCAGUGAUACUGGCGGGCUCACUGGGAGCGGCAGGGAGCAAUGCGUUCAACCCGUGUGGGCAGUUCAAGUGCUCCAAGGCCGGAGCAUCCAACCGCUGUGCCUGUGCUGCUCCCCACUUCGUCCAGGCCUCCCACCCCGACGGCUCCAACACCUGCGCCUAUGUGGACGCCUGUGGGCUGGCAGGCAGCAACCCGUGUGUGGUGGGCACGUGUGUGAACGAUGGCAAGGGCAGCUACUCCUGUGUGUGUCCCCCGGGAUUCGUUCAAGGCACCACCGCCAAGGGAACUCUUUCCUGUGCUCCAGGUGACAGCAAGGGCAGCUACACGGUGCGUGGAAGCAGUGUGUGGUGCUCUCACUUGCUGCCCGUGCUUGGCCUCACUCUGGACGAACUCAAGCAGAAGAACAAGGGUGACAGCUGUGCAUCGAUAGCUGAGCUGUUUGGUCUGAGCGUGGGGUGCCCCGUGGAGGGCGAGGCAUGUGAGGAGGCGUUGGUGGGGCUCAACCCCAGGCUGGACUGUGCAGCACUCACGGGCAGGUUGGCCGUGUGUGUGGAGCGGGAGGAGAGCAAGGCGGGGAUGGUGGCAGUGUGUGACCAGCAGUAUGAAAUGGGGGGCGGUGAUGACUGCGAUGCUGCAAGAAUAGCCGUGAAUCCGCCUUUGAGCCCUCGAGUUCUAUCGCCUCAACCCAGGCAUCAACUGCAACAACCGCCUGCCGACUGCUACCUUCGAGGGCUUCUCACAGCGCAAGGUGCGGCAUUUGUGUGCUAA